GUCUUGGCCUUUCAAAAUUGGGAGCAGAACACACUGGUGAACGUUUUUCAGAAUGCCAAAUGAUAGAGAAUUGGUAGAACAAGAAGGAAGAUCGGAGAUGGAGUUCACCGACCUCCAGAUCUCGGCGGAUUCAAUCGACGUUUCUGUCAUGUUUCAUGUCGUCAUGGAAAUCCUAGGGUUUGUUCUUUUCAUGCAUCAACAGAUCCCUGCGGUCUUACAAGAUGUCAAUCAUGAGUUUGAUGCACUGCAUACAGAGUAUAAAGAUUUGGAGGCGGUUCUUGCACAAACCGAAAUGAAAGCAUCCCAACGUAGAGUUCAAAACGGAAGAAAGAGAGAAGUGAAACAUGGCAUAAAACGAUUUGAAAAGCUGAUGAAAACUGUUGCUAGUAUCCAAACUGCUCUCCAACUGGUCUUCAGUGAGAUGCCACAUAUUGAGACUGUCAUUUUGGUUUUUGGAGGUAGUCCAGUUCGGCCUCGACAUGUAUAUGAACUGUGCUUUUCUCAUGGAAGUGACGUUCUAUCCGAGGCUCGUGACUUUACUCGAACUAGAGCAACAGACACAAUUUCAAGAAAGGUCAUCAGGUUACUGGUAUCCAAAGGUGUUGGAUCUGAUUCUUAUGCAGGGCCUUCCAAGUUGUUCCUGUUGGUCAAAGCUUCUUGUUCUUUCAAUAUGCCUCUGCAUUUUCUUCCCAAGCGUGAUUUUAGAUACAACAAAAAGACGAUGCCUACAAGAUUACGUAUCAAGUGUAGAAACCAAGAUCGAGAGAUUCAUGCUCUGAAUCACGAUGCUCAACCUGCAGACUCGGAUUCUAUGUCAAAUGAUUUCAUCUGGUUUCAAUGUCGACAUGUUAUCAAGGGUUUGCCUCUUAAGACAUCACCAGACGAAUGAUCAAAAUGAAGAGAAUUAAUGAAUUUGGGUUCAAAACAGUUGUUGAAGAACAUUACCGAAUAUUUUAGGACCCGUCUACGACCAUCUUUUUUGUUUAGUUGACAUUUAAUUUUUUUUUUUGUGUCUGUUUACAAG